CCGAGCCUCCUUUCUAUCUUUCACGAAAGAUAUUUGGAGUUAUAUUCUCUUAAUUUGUGAUUAGAUAUUAAUUUUUUUAUUUUUUGUAUCGUCAUCAAAGCUUCAGCUUUUUUUCCUUUUUUAACAUUGCAAGUUUUUUUUUCAAGAACAGAUGUUUAGAUAAUAUAUCAAUGAUUAGUUUUGAUUAAUUUAGUUUAGGACCAAGGGCUCCAGGACAAAAUUUUCGUGGAAAACGCCAUGAGACUACUGAUUAUCUUUGGUGUUCUGAUUUUUGGUUCACAAGCAAAACAGAAGAUAAGCGUAUGUGAUACUGGAAGUCCUUCAGGAAAGUGUGCCCCUAAGGAACCUUUUUGCCCACAGGGAUAUAGCUGUGAGAACGGAGAAUGUUGUCCCGCCAAAUUAACAUGUACCAAUCACUACUGUUAUAUUGAAGACAAGUACCAUGUGUGCUGUAACAAAAUUCCUAUUGAAUCGGUUGCACCAAAGGCAUGUUCUACCCCAGGAUAUACCACGGAUCCUCUGCUAGGAUGUUACAAAGUCGCUUAUUAUCCCACUGCUAUUCCAUACGACGAAGGGAAACAAGGCUGUGAAAAAGAUGGCGGACGACUGUUAUUGAUUAACUCAGCGGAGGAGGGGCAAAAACUCUUAGAAGCGAUAAGGUCGGAAAUGAUAAUAUCAGCGGUUAUACAAGGCUCCAGAGGUCCUGAUUCGUCAUAUGUUGAUGACAAAGGAAAUCCAUUGCCAUAUUUGCCUUCUAUGAUAGAGAACAAAGAUGACGAAGCUAAAACAAAACUGAUGUUGACAUAUGCUCCCCCCGAUCAAAUCAAAUUUAUGUUUUCCGCUAUUUCACAAGGAGAGAAAUAUAAUUACUUUGCCUGUGAAAUAUAAGUCAAUAAAUUGUUC